AAUUAAAAUUUUCUUUUUCAGGCAAAAAUGCUCGAAUCAUCUCAUGCUUGGCUGGGAGCUUCUACAUCUUCCUUGGCGGCAGACAGCUACCAGUACCAGUUGCAAUCAAUGUGGCAAAAGUGCUGGAAUACAAAUCAGAGUUUAGUUCAUAAUCUGAGGUUUCGUGAGAGAGGACCAUUGAAGUCAUGGAGACCUGAAACUAUGGCCGAGGCCAUUUUAUCUGUCUUGAAGGAAGGUCUGUCCCUAUCGCAGGCUGCAAGGAAGUAUGAUAUACCAUAUCCUACGUUCGUCCUGUAUGCAAACAGGGUGCACAACAUGCUUGGACCGUCAGCUGAUGGAGGUUCUGAUUUGAGGCCAAAAGGGCGUGGAAGACCUCAACGAAUACUGUUGGGAAUUUGGCCUGAAGACCAUAUCAGAGGGGUUAUCAGGGCUGUUGUCUUCAGAGACCCUCAGCACAUGAAAGAAGAAACUCUUAAUCUUGGAUACCCUCAUCGCAUGCCUAAAUCUCAGCUCUGCACUCCUGAGAGUGUUCACAGCUACGGUAGUGGUGGAGGAAGUGGUGGCGGAGGCAGUAGUGGCCCAGGCUCAGUGACAGACUCAGUGUCACCUAACUCUGCGGCAGCAGCGGUCGUCGCCGUUGCUCAGAACUUGCGGCAGCAAAUGUUGGCCGCUGCACACCAUCAUGAGCAACAUCCUCACCAAUAUGGAGGAUUCCUAGCAGCUGCUGCUGCAGCACAUUGUGGCAAUGGAGCCGCUUCCCUCAUGCUUCACUCUCCAAGUCCAGUUGACUCUUCCCCAAGGUCGUCACCUCUUACUCAACCCAACAAUAAUAUGGAGCCUCAACCUAUGGUAUACAAGCCAAUGCCCAAUGAUCUCUCCGCCAGAGCUGAUCACCUGUUCCAAGAUGAUAUGGAUCUGAUGAAACGCCCUCAGCAGCCCGAACCACCAAAGGUCAAGGUUGGUAUUGGUGUUAGUGGAAUGCCAUACAAGGGCAGCUGUGAAGGAUAUGGUCCACCCCGACCGGACUCUCUCCUCCAAGACGAGUUCGAAAACUUGGUGAAGAGCCCUCCUCAGGCCGGCCAACCUAUGCAGAAGGAGCCUAUUCACAUGUCUGUCGACCAGCGCACUGACUAAGGCUUGUCCAUCAGCAUCCACGCUUGUAUACUGUUGAGAUAAGAUCCCUUUAUAAUGUCUAUUUAUUUACUUUUUGUAUUGAAAAAAACAUUGUAAAAAUAGAGAAAAAAAAGAAGAAAAAGUGUCGUGUUAAAAUGUAAGACUUAUAUUAUAUUGACUAUUUUUUAAGUUUCUGUACUAAAGUACAAGGAUAGGCUCGUAGUCGAGUAUUUAUUGUUUAAAAAGUUAUUUAAAUGUUAUCAUGAUGAUAAUGGGGGUUUUUCAUGAUUUGGUAUAAAAAAUGUUGAUCCAAAAAUUGUAUAUGUUUUUGUGAAUAUGUGAAUAUAUUGGUAUAUAAAUAUUAUUGCACACGUGAUAAGUUGUCAUAGACAACGGGGUUGUGCAGCGUUAUAUUUGGGUAACUAUUAAAUUUACUGUAUGUCAUAUUAUAGUUAGUAAUAUAAGCCAAUCAUCACAUGGUAGUAGUAUACUUUGUUAUAUAAUGACAUUUUGUUAUCCUCUUUGCUGAUGCCUUAAAAAAAAAGAAUAAAAAUAUUAAAGUCGAUGUUCUUCUAAAAUUUUGAAAACUGAAAGAUAAUCUUAUUUAUUUAUUUAUGAAAGUUUUCAGGACCAUAAAUUUUUAAAAAGAUUUAUGUUUAGAAAUAUAUAUUUAUAUAUUUUGAUUUAAAUUUUAAAAACUUCCUUUAAUGUUAGGAGUUAUUGUAAAAUGUAAUUAUAUAUAUUUAAAAUCCUCUUAACUAGGAAUAAAGGAUAAAUAUUGAUGAACUAAAAAUUAAAAACACAAAAAAAAUUCAACUAAUCUGAUUUUUGUCUAUUUGAAAAAAUAAAUUAAAAAUAGUAUGUAAGUAUUUAUUUAAAUUUAAAGACAAACUUUCCUUAAUACCAAAUAUCAUCAUUUAUACCCUGUUUAUAAUUUAUUUAAACGUAUAAGAUUGUGUAAAUAUGCAGAUUAUAGUAGGCUAUUUUAUAGAUUGAUCCGUAUAAUAAAUCUAGUACAUACAUAUACACAGUAUAUUUAUUAUAUGCCAACUGAAUUAGAAAAUCUUAUAAUAGAUCUGUGAAUGUUCAUUGUUUUUAAUAUUCUCAGGAUUAUUCAUAUAUCUACUGGCCUCCGACUUAUAACUAAACUGAAAUUGUUUAUCAGAAUUCUUAGUGCAGUUUUCACAUCUGUAUUAAUUAAAUUUUCUGUUUAUUACAGUUAUUACAAUAUACAAGCUAUAAUAAAGUAGUUCACUUUGCAUUAAAAUAGUCUAGUAGGUCUCCACUUUCACAAACAAUAAUUUGUUAUGAUAACCAUAAUAUGCUAUAGUCUCAACAUUCAGAGAUAAUUGUUCAGAACAAAUAGUCAAAAUGAUAUAAAAAUAUUCAUGUUGAUUAAAUUAGAGGUUUUAACAGGUUGGCUGCCAACCUAGGGAUAGUUUAUAGUUGCUGAUAAAUGCCCAACAUGAGCAAUAUCAUUAGUACUUGCAUAAAUUUUCUUUAUCCAGUAAGAGUCAUUAGUAACGAAAAAGAAUUAUUUCAUACCACAUCAUUAAAAAAUAAAAUAAAAUGAGAGUUUACAAGAUAAUAAGUAUAAUUAUCAUUAGAUCUUCUAAUAACCUACAAUGGUUAAAGAUCUAUAUUUAAGUAUGAUAUGUUUUGAAAAACUGUUCAAUCCAUAAAUCACAUGACAUUUGUAAUUUUUGGCCAUAAUUUAUUUCCAAUUAAAAUCAUAAUUUAAAUUGAUAGUAAAUCAUAAUAAUAAUUUAAAGUAAUAUAUGUUUAUUUAAUUCUAUGUAAUCAAUUUAAAAUACAUAUACAGAAUUCUCUAAAACGAUAGACUUGGCAGUCAACUUGUUAAUUUUAUGUUUAAAUCAAUUAUUUUAGAUAGUAACUUUGUGAAAAACCAGACAAUUCAGCCAAAUCUAAAGUUUAUAAAAAAAAAUUGUAAACAUUAUGGUUAGACUGCGAUUGCCUUCCUCGAUAUCACUUCAUAUGCCCGAUAUUUAGAUCAUUUAGAUUGUAAUUAGGAAAACUAUAUAUUGUUUAAAUUGUCCCAUUUGUAAAUAUAUAAAUAAAUAUGUAUAGAUAAAUAUGUCAUUGUGAAAAGCUUAUGUAAUAUUAUGUUAACAAUAUAUAUCUAAGAAGUAUAGAAACAAAAUUAUAAUGCUUCCUAAAGGAAUCUCAAAACGCUAUCAUAUUGUUGCAUAAUUAUCAAAUAUCUAAAUAUACUUAAUGAGUAUAUUUAUGUAACAUAACCGUCUAUCUGACUAUCAAAAUAAAAUAAAAAUUAAAAAAUGUAAAAAAAAAAAUGAAAUUUUAUAACAUAAGAUAUGUAAAAAUAAAAUGCAUGAUAAGUGAUAUAUUUGAAGUUAGUAAUGAAACUACCUGUUUCUAUUUGAUUGUGUAUAAUAUUACUGGCUUUUUUCAAUUAAGUUAUAGUUUUAAUACAUUCCCGAAAUGUAAUGAUUUAUUUGUUACUGUCCAUUCAGUUUUGUUUGUACAUUUUCUUUCUUUUUACUAUAUUUGCAUUGAUAUAAAGCUGAAUAGAAUUUCAUUUAUAUUUUUAUUUAUUUCUUAAUUAUGUAUAAUUUAAGAUGGUACGGACAAUGUUUUGUUUCAGUUCCUUUAAUUUUAUACGACUAUCCGAGGAUGUGUAUUCCUUAGAGAAAAAUCUCGUAUUAAUUAUUUUGUUUUCAUAAUUUGUAAUAACGUGAAGUCUGAUGGCACAUAAUUUAGGCGCAUAAAACUUUUUGGCCAAAAAAAAAAUAAAAACAAAAUUGCAGACCAAAAUUUGAGACUAGUUUAAGAGUAGAUUAUGAUUGUCAUCCUGUUAGUUAGUUAGUCUAGUCAGAUUUCAUACUAUUUAGAACAAUAUUUUCGUAAAUAUUGUCUUUGCAUCAGAUACUGAGAUAAGAGGUCAUAAAUUGUAUUAUAAUUAGCCUUGUCCAUUAUGGAGGCAUAAGUUGUUGUCAUGAAAAGAGACCUCCUUAAAUAAUUAAUAAUUAGUUUUAACUAUCUGAAGCUUAUCCAAGUAUGGUUUUAUCUACUCUAUUCCGGUACUGACCUUGUCGAUUUGUCAAAAUGUUAUAGGAUCAUAAAUAGUGCCUACAAAUGAGGUGUAACUGUCCUAGUACCUAACCCUAUCCCUUAGUUUCGGCUUCAUCUACUACCUGUGUUCAAAAAAUUUGACAAAAAAAAAGUGCCUUCCAUUUUCUGACCAUUUUUUAUGUUAUUAUAUCUGAUUUCGAUGUACAAUGAAUUGUUUUGUUUCUUUUAGGAGAUGAAAAAAAUUAAAAAUUAUGAAGAACAAUUAUUUGUAGGCAUACUACUUGACCUUAUAAUUUUAUCUUUAAACAUAUAACAAAAUAUUUAUCACAGGCUAAUGGAUUUAUUAGAUUGUAUCAUUGUAACUGUGUUAGCUGCAUUGUAUGAGAUGCAAUAAAAUUGUGUACACAAACCA